GAUACAGGCACCAUUCUAAUUGUUUUUUUUUUUUGCUUGAGUAAAUAAAUAGUAAUAAUAAAAUGUCCGGUGACGCUAAGCCCAAUACUACGAACAGCACAGUUCCCGACUGGGUGCAACCAGAUGUAUUUGUGGAUCUCCUAAAGAGCUCUGUCAAAGGAUUUUCGAGAAUAAAGAACUUCAAGGUCAGCAGUGGAGUUGGAGCUGGCGAGAACUAUUCGACAGUCAUGUUGCGCGUGAGCAUAGAUGUUGAGUUGGAGGAUGGCACGGAAAAGCCUGUAUCGUACAUGCUGAAGGUGCCGCAUGAGUCGGAACUGUUUAAGAUGUUGAUGCGGCAGCAUAAUAUGUUUGAUGUAGAGCGCAAUAUGUACAACAUCUAUGUGCCCGAAAUGGAGCAACUGUAUCGAGAUGCUGGAGUGGAUAUCAAGUUCGGUGCUCAGGCCUAUACGGUGAAGGGUGCCACAACUGAGUAUAUAUUGCUUGAGGAUCUGUCGCCUCGAGGAUUUAAGAACAGCAAUCGCUUGGAGGGCCUGGAUCAGGUACAUACGGAGGCUGCGCUGAAAAAACUAGCAAUGUGGCAUGCCGCAUCCGCAGUGCGUGCGGCCACCAAAGGCGCCUAUGCGGAUCAAAUUCUAAUGGGCUUCUAUAAAGAGGAGAACAAAAUGAUGAUGUGCGAGAUGAACAAGCAAAUGACUGCGAAUUUCCUCAACUGCUGUGUCACUUACGACGGCCAUGAAGAAUAUUUGGAGCAAGUGCGAGCUCUGCAGCCCAAGGCCACAGAAGAGAUUUUUAAAAGGUCCAAGCCCGAUCCCAACGAAUUCAAUGCACUAAAUCAUGGUGACUUUUGGAGCAAUAAUAUUAUGUACUCCCACGAUUCCUUUGGCAAAAUCAAGGACACAUAUCUAAUAGAUUUUCAACUACCCAAAUUCGGCACAGUGGCACAGGAUUUGUAUUACUUCCUCCUGUCCUCGACUAAAUUCGAGGACAAGCUGACUAAGUUCGAUUACUAUGUGAAGUUCUAUCAUGAAAAUCUUUUAGAAAAUCUUAAACUACUCAAGUACCCGAAAGCCCUGCCCACCUUAUGUGACUUACACAUAUCGCUCUUCAAACAUGGACUUUGGGGAUUCUAUACAGCAAUAUCUGUUAUGAGUGGCAUUCUGCUUGAUCCCACUGAAUCAGCCAAGGCAGAACACUUUGCCAGUGAUUCACCUGAGGCUCAAGACUUCAAGAACUUGCUCUAUUCCAAUGCACGCUAUCGCAAGCAUAUCCAAGUAGUAAUGCCCUGGCUAUUUAAUCGUGGUGCACUAGAGCUGUAAGCGUAAGACACUUGUGAA